CUAGGUGUCUGAAAAGAAGGAAACAUCAUUCAGGAAGUAAGAGAGAACUGAAACAAACACUGAGCAGGCAUGUCAAGGACAUGCUCCACAGGUAGAGUGACAGCUCUGUUUUGUUGUUGUUGUCGUUGUUUUUAAGAAAUUCAGACCACAAUCUUUUUGUGAUUAAUAGGUAUCACUCCUAUUUCUUUUCUAGGUAAUUCAGGGCCCAGGAAACUGUUACUGGCUGAAUGGAUCUCCUCACCCUUCCCAAGAAUGUGACUGAAUCUGUUUUCUUGGGACUCACGCAGAAUCCACACCUGCAGAAAGUGCUCUUCAUUGUCUUUUUGUUCAGUUUCCUAUUCACCCUGCUGGCCAAUCUGUUCAUCGUCAUUACCAUCUCCCUCAGCCCCACACUUUCAGCUCCCAUGUACUACUUUCUGACUUACUUGUCCAUCUUAGAUGCCUCCCUCACCUCUGUCACCACCCCCAAAAUGCUCACUGACCUGCUGCGUCGGAGGAAAACCAUCUCCUGGGGGGGCUGCCUGGCUCAGCUCUUUGUGGAACACUUCCUGGCUGCAUCAGAGGGCAUCAUCCUUGUUGCAAUGGCCUAUGACCGCUACGUGGCCAUCUGCAAGCCUCUGUACUACACGACCAUCAUGCGACAGGGGCUCUGCCAGCUCCUUGUGGUCGUGACCUGGAUUGGGGGCAUCGUGCAUGCUACUCUGCAGAUUCUUUUUGCAGAUGACUUGACCUUCUGUGGUCCCAAUGUCAUUGACCACUUCAUGUGUGAUUUCUUCUCACUAUUGAAACUUUCCUGCAGUGACACCUACAGACUUGGAGUGGUGGUGGCAGUGAACAGUGGGGGCAUAUGCUUACUCAUUUUAUUCAUGCUGCUCAUCUCCUACAUAGUCAUCCUGAGCUCCCUGAAAUCCCAUGGCGCUGAAGGACGACGCAAAGCCCUCUCUACAUGUGGCUCCCACCUUACAGUAGUGGUGCUCUAUUUUGUGCCUUGUAUUUUCAUCUACACGCGUCCUGUGGCCACGUAUCCUGCAGACAAGUUGGUGAGUGUGUUCUACUCAGUCCUCACUCCCAUGUUAAAUCCUAUCAUUUACACAGUGAGAAACACAGAGGUGAAAAACGCCAUGAGGAGUUUGUUGAGGAGGAGAGUAACUUAGGCUGUUCAUGAUGUCAAGAAACUGAUGAUUUAUAUACACAGGGAGGAUUACACAUGUUGUAAAUUGUGAAAAAAAAAAUUAAGAAAUUUUGCAGAUCACUGACAGGAAAAC